CUAACCAUGGCACCCAAUCGAGGUCGUAAUCGUGCUGCCGAAUUUGAGGCCCUCGUUGAGACCGGCGGAAAGGACUUCGAUCCUGAAGCAGAUGAUGUACCCGCGGACGACUCUAGCCAUAACGACGAUGCUGACCUGAGCGACGAAGAUGACGACGAGGAGGCGGCCAGGGAACAUUACGUUGCAGUGGGAAAGAGUAAAUUGAGGAAACCGAAGGAGGUCGCACUGGGACCAGCAUAUGUUGGAAGAAAGGUCGGAAGGGAUGCUUUGGAGAGCGAGGAUGAUGAUGAUAUAUUGGAGAGAUUGGGAAGCGAGGAUGAGGAGGAGGAUAGCGAGGAUGGAUUUGGACAGGAAGAGGAGGGCAGUGAAGAGGGCAGCGAGGAAGACGAAGAUGAUGUCGGGAAUGGCACCUCGGACACGGAGAUGAGUGAUGUGGAUGGGGAGGAGGAAGAGGCCAUCAACAGAGAAGAUUCGAAGCUGAAGAAGGAGCUCUCAAAGGCGAUGGGCGACGACAUGAAACGAUCUGUGACUGCAUCAAUUUCGCAAGCCAGCAAAGAGGACGCUGAGAAGGGUCGCGCAGUCAAGAAGCAGCGAACGGCAUUCGACUCGCUCCUCAACGCCCGCAUGAAGCUACAGAAGUCGCUCAUCGCAACGAAUACCCUCGUCGGGCUCCCAGCUGAACAGAUCCAGGAGGAAAAGUCGGAAGCGAACGACGCCCUGCUCGGAGCCGAAAUCGCCGCCUUCAACCUAUGGAACUCCCUCAACACCUUCCGCGAGGACCUCCUCUCAGCUCGUGCACCGAGCAAGAAGCGCAAGCGAACUCACUUUACCUCCUCUACACCGACCUCGACUCUCCUCGACCACCUCACCACCCAAGAAUCUACUUCCCUCCCGCACCGCAACGCUGUCCUCCAGAAGUGGUCCCUGAAAUCCCAAGGCCCAACAGUUCAAACUUCCUCCUCCCGUCUGACAACCCAAACCUCCACGCAAACCACCAUCAUCGACGUUCUGAAUUCCCACCUCUCGAACCCUACUCGACUCCUCUCCCGAACCCAACAACCGCGCUCCUGCGCGCCCCUUCAACUCUCCCAAUCCCUCUCCUCGGACGCGAAAAUCUACGAUGACGCAGACUUCUAUUCCGUUCUGCUGAAAGAGCUGCUAGAGCAAAAGUCUGCUGACAGCAUCACAGCCAGCGCCAUCGAUGUCGGGUAUCAAGUGCGGAAAGAAGCGAAGACGAAGAAGAAUGUGGAUACCAAAGCGAGUAAAGGACGGAAGCUGAGGUAUACGGUGCACGAGAAGCUGCAGAAUUUCAUGGCGCCGGAGGAUCGGGGGAGAUGGGGUCAAAGGCAGGCGGAGGAGUUGUUUGGAAGUCUGUUUGGGCAGAGGGUGGGAUUGGGUGAGGAG